AUGGCGAUUGCUUAUUUCUUUAUUCCUGUUCCAUUUAUACAGGAUCUCACUUUAGGUGGAAUUUUAGUAUUCUCGUUUCUCAUAUACUUGAACAAUGAACUUUUCAAGGAGAAAAAAACUGCAUCUCUUAUUGGAAAUUCAACUAUGGAUAGUAAAUCUACUUUGAUUGCAAGUCCAAAUGCUAUGCCUAUUUUGGCAGAUAUUUCAACAACAGGCCGAAAAUUUACAGAUGCAUCAGCACAAACUGUUGCCGUUGAAACCGAAAAAAACAUUUUUUCAAACAAUAAUACAACUGACAAUUCAUUUGAAACCGACCUACCAAAUAACGAUUAUGCCGACACUGACUCGCUCUGUCAGCUUCAAAACGCUACAGAGGAGAAGAAUAUUUCAACCCAAAUAUGUAACUCGGCUGAAUCAACUCAAUUCCAUACACCGGAGUCCGCUUUAAAUGAUAGCACAACAUCAAUUAAACUUAAUUACAACAUUAAUAGCUCCAAUAAUACUCGCCCUCGUUAUGUCCCAAAUUACUUGUGGGACAAGAGACACUUUCUGUUUACAAAAUUUGAUGACGGAAUUCUCUUGGAUUAUGAAUCAUUUUAUUCUAUGUGCCCUGAAAUGUUGAGCAAACAUAUUGCAAAAAGGUGUAAGGGUCACAAUGUAGCAAUGAACCCAUUUUGUGGCGCCGGAGGAAACGCAAUACAAUUAGCAAUGAAAUAUGAAAAAGUCAUAGCAAUAGACAUUGAUCCGAAAAAAUUGGAAUUUGCUAAAAAAAAUGCAGAAAUUUACGGUGUGAGAGAUAAAAUUAAGUUCAUUAUGGGCGACUUUUUUGCUAUAGCUAAUGAUUUAAAAAAAUACAAGCCUGAAGUAAUUGUAACUUCAACUCCAUGGUACAUAAACCACCGAAUAUACAAUUCGAAGAAAAACAUUUGCACUGACUACGAAAAAGGAGGACGAGCAAUCCUCAAAUUGGCCAGAAGAAUUGCUCCUAACGUUGCAAUGCACUUACCAAAAAGUACCAGACGAAAUGAACUGUUCAAAUUAGGAAAGCGAGUAAUGAGUCAGUAUCAGCAUGAUGAAAAUACAGCUAAAGAACUGGNUUUUAAUAGGCGAGUAAUGAGUCAGUAUCAGCAUGAUGAAAAUACAGCUAAAAAACUGGUCACGUUACGCGAGCGUCCAGUUAAGAUUUAA